GUCGCGCUCACUGGUACAAGGAUUGUGAUCGUUCCCAUUAUUCAACUAAUUUUGCUAGAUAUUUCCUAAUUCACGACUUUUCUCAUUCCAUUUUAAUUCACAAUUCUUAAGGAUAAAGGCAUAAAAUUAGAAAGAUGGUUUCGUUGUUGAGGGUCAAGGGUCUUCGGAUGUCUUCACAGAAACAAGAGACUCUUUUGAAACUGACAGUGCUUUCACUGGCUGCUGUUUUAUCAUUUGCAACCCGUCUAUUUUCGGUUCUACGAUACGAGAGUGUCAUCCACGAAUUUGACCCUUACUUCAAUUAUAGAACCACGAAAUUCCUCGCUGAAGAGGGUUUUUAUGCUUUUCAUAAUUGGUUCGACGACAGAGUAUGGUAUCCACUGGGCAGGAUCAUCGGAGGUACCAUCUACCCAGGAUUGAUGAUAACAUCAGCUACAAUCUACCGAUUACUCCAGAUGCUCAACAUUCCCAUAGAUAUUCGCAACGUCUGUGUAUUCCUCGCGCCAUUAUUUUCUAGUUUCACAACAAUUGUGACCUAUCACCUGACAAAAGAGCUGAAAGACUCGGCAUCAGGUCUCUUCGCAGCAUCGAUGAUUGCCAUAGUCCCCGGAUAUAUCUCGAGAUCAGUGGCUGGAUCCUACGACAAUGAGGGUAUUGCUAUAUUCUGUAUGCUCUUCACCUACUACAUGUGGAUAAAAGCUGUAAAAACUGGUGCUAUUUUUUGGUCCACGUGCGCUGCUCUCGCAUACUUCUACAUGGUCUCCUCCUGGGGUGGCUACGUGUUCCUCAUCAAUUUGAUUCCUCUUCACGUCCUAACGUUGAUGGUUACUGGACGCUUUUCACAUAGAAUUUAUACCGCUUACAGUAUACUCUACUGUAUUGGUACCAUUCUGUCAAUGCAGAUCUCGUUUGUGGGAUUCCAGCCUGUGCAGAGCUCUGAACAUAUGCUUGCCCUCGGAGUCUUUGGACUGUGUCAAAUUCAUGCUCUAGUCGACUAUCUUCGCAGUAAACUUACAGAAAACGAUUUUGAUCUCUUAUUCCGGGGACUGAUCGCCUCUAUGUUAACAAUAUCAUGCGUCGUGGGUGGAGUACUAACAAUCACCGGGAAAAUAUCGCCCUGGACAGGACGAUUUUACUCACUGCUCGAUCCAUCCUACGCGAAAAAUCAUAUUCCAAUAAUUGCUUCAGUCUCUGAGCAUCAACCUACCUCAUGGAGUUCGUUCUACUUCGAUCUACAAAUUCUGGUGUUCCUGUUUCCGGUUGGACUGUAUUUCUGCUUCUCGAAACUCACAGAUUCCAAUAUUUUUCUUAUUCUUUAUGGAGUUACGAGUCUCUACUUUGCUGGUGUUAUGGUGCGUCUGAUGCUAGUACUUGCGCCAGUAAUGUGCAUCCUAGGAGGAAUUGGAGCAUCUUCCUUAUUAUUAACCUACAUGAAGCAAUUGGAGAGUAGCAAAGUGGUCGACAAAAAAUCCCGGAAAUUUGAAAACAAUUACGUCCUCAGAAGUGAAAUUUCCAUGUUAUUCAUAGCUGUAAUGUGCAUUCUAUUUUUCUCGUAUACACUUCAUUGCACAUGGGUAACUGCCGAGGCGUACAGCUCACCGAGUAUAGUACUGUCAGCUAGAUCGCCUGACGGCGGAAGAAUGAUAUUCGAUGACUUCAGGGAAGCCUACUACUGGUUACGUAUGAAUACACCUGAGGACUCGAAAGUUAUGUCGUGGUGGGAUUAUGGGUAUCAGAUAACUGCCAUGGCUAAUCGCACGAUCCUAGUGGAUAAUAAUACCUGGAAUAAUACGCAUAUAUCGCGAGUGGGACAGGCUAUGGCUAGCUCUGAGGAGAAGGCUUAUGAGAUCAUGAGGGAGCUGGAUGUUAACUAUGUGCUUGUCAUCUUUGGAGGAUUGACUGGUUAUUCCUCUGACGAUAUCAAUAAAUUCCUCUGGAUGGUCAGAAUCGGUGGCAGCACAGAGGAAGGGAAAACGAUCACCGAAUGGGAUUAUUAUAAUCCCUCCGGUGAAUUCAGAGUAGACAAAGAUGGCUCGCCGAUUCUUCUCAACUGCCUCAUGUACAAAAUGUGUUACUACAGAUUUGGACAGGUGUACACAGAGGGUGGUAAACCAUCUGGCUACGAUAGGGUUCGCAACAUGGAAAUCGGAAACAAGGACUUUGAGUUGGAAACGUUAGAAGAGGCCUACACCACUGAACACUGGCUCGUGCGCAUUUACAAAGUUAAAGACUUGAAGAACAGGGGAAAUUAGGAAAGGAAUCUUUCAUUCUCGGGGACACUCCGAGUUUUUGUCACUUCCACAUGUCUCUCCCUCGAAUUAUCACAUAAAAGUGAUGGCAUUACGAAUCUACUCCUCUCUACUUUUCGUUUUUUAAUUGAAUUAAUUUAAGUGGUACGGAGUACUGAUACAUGCUACGUAUUUUCUGUAAUAUUUUACAUACAGCGAAGUUUUUAUAUGAAACAGGAAGGAUAAUUGAGAUUGGUGAAUAAUCGGAUAUGUCGAAGCACAAAUACAAUAGUCUCAAUACAUUGCUCA